AUGGUAUCCCAAGAAACUAUUAAACACGUUAAGGACCUUAUUGGAGAGAAAGAGAUCUUUGUUGCAUCCAAAACGUACUGCCCAUACUGCCAUGCAGCUCUAAACACGCUUUUCGAGAAGCUGAAGGUUCCAAGGUCCAAAGUUUUGGUUUUGCAAUUGAACGAGAUGAAGGAUGGCGCAGACAUUCAGGCGGCGUUACAUGAGAUUAAUGGCCAAAGAACCGUGCCAAACAUCUAUAUUAAUGGUAAGCAUAUCGGAGGCAACGACGACUUGCAAGAAUUGAGGGAGACUGGUGAGUUGGAGGAAUUGUUGGAACCUGUCCUUGCAAACUAA